AUGUUUGACACCACGACAAUUGGCCGGCCGGGGCUUUUCGGCAAGGUGUAUAACAGUAUAUUUGGCGCGUCGCCCAGUCCGCUGAACACGGAGGUCGUUGCCGGGGACCAGGAUUCUAUUACUGAGUACAACACAUAUUUAAACAGUGAGAGUCGAUUCCCUGAUGAGCCGGCAAAUCUGGACGGAUACGACACGAUUGGGAGUCGACGAAGCUCUGUGAUUGCUCCUCCUAUGACGCCGUCGCGCGCGGACGACGACUGGCGGAUCAACGACACUCUGAACCGGAUCAAGAUGAGCCGUGCGCGUUGGCAACAGGCUGACCCGGUCCCUGGCGAAUUCCCGCGCGAAGCGGAGCCAAAGGUGGCUGGCGGGCUGGCGAACAAGAUCGAGAAGAACAACGAGCUGAUCUCGCAGCUGAUCAGCGAGUUCGAUCUCGUCACAGACAACGUGGAGCUGCGACAGCUGCGUUCCGACAACUACGAGCUGGAUCAGAAGUACAGGAAGCUGCGCGACGAGUUCAAGCGCGAGCUUGACGCUAACAAGGAGAUCUUUGACGGAUACUACGAUUUGCACAACAAGUAUAACGCAAUCAAGCAGGAGCUGAGCCAAGUGAAGCACGACGCGAGCGACAAGAUGAGCGAAUUGGAGCUGGAGAACCAGCGGCUUCGACAGAGUCUGCGCGCGAAACGGGUCGACUCUGACGACCAGAAUCUGUACUACAAGAGCCAGUACGAAGAGAUGAAAACGGAGCUCCAGGCAAAAAUCUACCAGGAGAAACAGUACCAGCAACGGAUCCAGGAGCUGGAAAAACAGCUACAAUCUCCAGUGCAGUCUCCGCCCUCGUCGCCAACGAUGCAUAAUUACACACGAUCGAACAUACUUGACCAAGACUCGAUCCAGCUUCUUCGCGAGCGGUACGCGGAUAAAGUUAUUUCUGUACCGCAAGUGGACUCGUGGAUUAGCGAACCUCGUAUUCGAAAAGCAGCAUAG